GAACGAAAUGUGGAAAGUGUUCGCAGUGCUAAAGAUGAACGCGUCCGUGAGAUUCGGAACGCUGUGGAAAUGAUGAUAGCUAGAUUAGAAACACAACUAAAAUCAAAAUUGAUAACAUUAAUGGGACAAAAGAACUCUUUGACUCAGGAAACGGAGCUACUGGAAUCUUUACUGCAAGAGGUGGAACACCAGCUGCGACUCUGCACUAGGAGUGAGCUGAUCAGCAAGAGUGGAGAGCUCUUACAAAUGUUCACACAGGUACACAGGAAACCCAUGGCAUCUUUUGUGACUGCGCCUGUAGCUGCAGACUUCACCAGUGAACUAGUGCCAGCAUAUGACAGUAGUAAAUUUGUAUUAACAGGAUUUGUAGGACUUCAACAUAAAGCAGAUCCAGUGUACAGUGCAGCAUUGAAUGUGUGUGGCUUAAGUUGGAGACUUAAAGUUUACCCAGUACGUCAUAACAUGGUGAUAUUUAAUAAUUAA